AUGAUUGUAUUUGGAAGGAAAAAAAAUGCUAGUGUGGCGGCUGUCACUCUAUUGGCUUCGAGUAUGUUGGAACAAUGGAGUAAAGCGAAAGAUAAAACUCAUGUUCCCACUGCUGCAUUCUUGUCAGCAGCCGAUGGUGCUCUUUCUUGGCAAAAACCAGCAACAGGGGAAGUCAAAAUUAAUACCGAUGCAGCUCUCUUUUCUGAUCCUAACAGGUAUAGUUUUGCUUGUGUUGCUAGGGAUGAUUCGGGCCAUGUUCUAAAGGCAAUUUCUAGCUGUAAAACCGGUGUGGUAACCCCAGAAUUAGCUGAGGCUAUGGGUGUGAGGGAGGCAUUGAGUUGGCUCAAGAAGAAAGGUUGGAAUCGGGUUACCAUUAAGUUCGAUAGUCUUACCGUGGUACAAGCUUUGCGUAGUUCACUUCCUAUGUCUUCUUAUUUUGGAGGUGUAAUUUCAGAUUGUAAGACGUUGUUGGAAGGUGUUAGUGAUGUGUCUAUUUUAUUUGUUAAACGAUCUGCUAAUGGUGCUGCUCAUGUUGUUGCUCGAGCUUCAUCUUAUGUCGCUGAUCGUGUUUUUAGGAGUAAUGAUUUCACUCCUGAUAUUCGUGGUGUAAUCAUGAAAGAAGUUUAUUAA